AUGGGAGCCACUGCCAGCACAUCUUCCGCAGAGCCGCCUGCGGCGACCUGCCCUGUAGACCACAAGACCCGUGAGGUGUGGUUGCAACAACACGGCAACAAUGCACCCCAUCCCCCGUCCUCUGCGGCUCCCGAACAACUACCAACAACAAAGCAACGACCAUUAUCAACCGACCGAGAAGUUAGCAGCAUUCCGCGGGCCGGCGAUCAGAUUGCAGCACAAGCCUGUCCCGAGGCAAACAAACAACCGCCGUCGCCGUACGCUGCCGCGAAUGCAAAUGCCGCGUCGCACGGCUACCCGUCCAACGCCGAGUCUGAAACUGGCCAUGACGAGGCCAGCGGCAACUGGAUAUAUCCGUCUGAGAAACAGUUUUUCGAAGCCCUGAUGCGCAAGGGCAAUACGCCAACAUCGACUUCCUCGGCCUCGGAACUCGCGACAUCGGUCGCCUCGAUUAUCCCCAUUCACAACGCCGUCAACGAGCGCGCAUGGAAGCAGAUCCUCGACUGGGAGGGCAAGGCCCCUUCAUCAGACCCUGGUAGCAAGAAGUGCGGUGGACCUAAAUUAUACUCUUUCCGUGGUCUCGGAGUCGACCCUCAGUUCCUCAGUCCCCGGGCCCGAAUCAAUUCAUGGCUUGGAUACCAGCUCCCGUUCGAUCGACACGAUUGGGUUGUUGAGCGAUGUGAUGGUGAGCGUAUCGAGUAUGUCAUUGAUUUCUACCAGGGUAAGACCACGGGAACGAAUGGCAACCCGGCGGGUCUGGCUGGAAAUGCUGGGCCUGGAAAGCUUAGCUUCUAUCUCGACGUGCGGCCAAAAUUGAACAGCUAUGAAGGCUGGAGGAUGAGAUUCUAUCAAUAUGUGGGUCUCCAGUAA